UACCCCACGCAAGAAUAUCAAAAAAAAAAAAAAAGGCUCAAGAUUUCGAAUCCCAUUAAACACCGCCAUCCCAAUUCUCCAGGUGGGAUAUCAAAAACAGUAAUCUAACUGCUCCUAUACGUAGUGUAAUGGUACUUUAACAAGAAAAGGCUGGUUUUUCAGCUCAGUACUAGCAUUCAUUUCAGUUUCACCGAUUGCCCAAUUCAGGUUCUUGGGUUCAUUGGAAGUGGAUGUAAAAGUGAUUUUUUUGAGUAGUUAUUAUGUCCCUGCUGAGUAGAUUCUUUCACAGAAGACCCCCAGAUGGCUUGCUUGAGUUUGUUGAUAGAGUAUAUGUGUUUGAUUCAUGCUUUACGACUGAAGUAUUGCCUGAGGACAUGUAUCAGUUGUACUUGCAUGAAAUUGUAAAUGAAUUACAUGAGGGAUUCCCCGAGUCAUCCUUUCUUGCUUUUAACUUCCGGGAAGGUGAGAAGAGAAGCCAAUUUGCAGAAAUAUUGUGUGAAUAUGACGUGACUGUCAUGGACUAUCCGAGGCAAUAUGAGGGUUGUCCUCUCUUGCCGUUGUCAUUAGUUCAUCAAUUCCUUCGAGUUUGUGAGCAUUGGCUUUCGGUUGGUAACCAGCAGAAUGUAAUCUUGCUUCAUUGUGAGAGAGGGGGUUGGGCACUUUUAGCAUUUAUUUUAGCUAGUUUCUUGGUUUUUAAAAAGUUGCAUAGUGGCGAGAGGAAGACUCUUGAAAUGGUUUAUCGAGAGGGUCCAAAAGGUCUGUUACAGUUGUUAUCACCUCUAAACCCAUUCCCAUCACAGCUUCGUUAUCUCCAAUAUCUCUCAAGACAAAAUAUUUCUCCGGAGUGGCCUCCCCCUGAACGAGCACUCUCUUUGGAUUGUCUGAUUCUUCGUUCCAUCCCAAGGUUUGAUAACCAAAAGGGCUGCCGUCCAAUUAUUCGUAUUUUUGGUAGAAAUCAUCUUAGUAAGGAUGGUCUAUCAACGCAAAUGCUCUAUUCGACAAGCAAGAAAAAGAGAAAUCUUCGACAUUACUGUCAGAAAGACAGCGACGUGAUUAAGAUUGAUAUUCAGUGCUUGGUGCAUGGGGAUGUUGUAUUGGAAUGCGUUCAUUUAGAUUUGGAACCAGAAAGAGAAGUUAUGAUGUUUCGUAUAAUGUUCAAUACAGCUUUUAUUCGAUCUAACAUCUUGGUUCUCAACUGUGAGAAUUUGGAUAUCCUUUGGGAUUCAAAGGCACGGUAUCCAAAAGGUUUUCGAGCUGAGGUGCUAUUUGGUGAUGUAGAAAGCAUCUCUCAUCCAAAACCUCCAACUACUAUUUUAGAUGGUGAAGAAACCGGUGGCCUUCCUAUCGAAGCUUUUUCUAGAGUUCAAGAACUUUUUAGUGGUGUGGAAUGGGCAGACACUGGUGAUGAUGCUGCUCUAUGGUUGCUCAAACAAUUAUCUGUCUUGAAUGAUGUGAAAGAUUUAUCACUAUUUCGGAGUAGAAUGAAUGGAUAUUCAUCACCUUUGGACUCUGAAGACGAAAAUAAUGCCUCUAGUAUUGCUGAUAGUCUGGAUUUUCUGGACUCUGAGAAGGCUAACGAUCGAAGUUAUGGUGGUGCAGCAGAGGUGAAUUUUUCAGAUGAUCCUCUUUCUCAUGAUUAUAUGUCAGAUGAAGCUUCUGAUCGAAAGCCUUCUGAAAAUUCAUUGAAGCCAUCGACUCGAGAAGCAGUUGAUCCAAUUCAUUCACCUUCCCAAGUUGAUAGUCAUGUCAGCGUUGGUGGUGAUUCUGAAAUUACAAAUGAAGUGCAUGGAUCAAGUAUGGAAACUUUGUCCUGCCAGUCUUCAGGAUUGCUUCCUUCAUUAUCUUCCUCUGCUCUUUCAAGUGCAAUAGAUCCUCAGUCAUCACCACCCCCUCCCCCACCACCUCCACCACCACCUCCUUUUGGUACUUCUAGUAAUAGAAAAACUUCUUCAGUGUCUCAACCACCACCACCUCCACCUCCCCCACCUCCUAUGGUCUCUAGAAAAGUGAUUUCUCCAUCCCUUGCUCCACCUUCACCUCCUCCUCUUCCUCCUAAUCAUUCUGGUAAAGGGCCUCCACCUCCACCUCCACCCCCACCCCCACCCCUAUCCAGCUUUCCUAGUAGUUCUAUUAAGACAACUCCACCACCUCCACUCCCACUUAUUAGUUCGAGUACAGGGCCUCCAGUACCAGCCCCUCCUCCUCCUCCUCCUCUACCUCCCUCCAAUAAAAUUGCAAAGUCUCUGCCGCCGCCACCGCCACCACCACCACCCCCUCCUCCUAAAGCCACUUCAUCCAUCUCUUCACAGACAUCUCUAGCCUCACCUCCAACACCACCACCUCUUCCUCCUUCCAUCUCUUCCAAAGGACCUCCACCCCCUCCCCCACCUCCUCCUCCCAUCUCUUCCAAAGGAUGCCCACCACCUCCACCAAUUUCAUCUACCAGCAGAUCAGCAUCAUUCUCACCAGCACCUGCACCUGCACCUCCACCUCCACCACCUGCUCCAUCUUUUGGCAAUGCCAAUAAGCCCAAAACUGCACCUCCUCCACCUCCACCACCUCCUCCACAAGCGCCAAAACCUCCUGGUGCUCCCCCACCACCUUUGGGGCGUGGUGCAGCACCAGCUCCUCCUCCACUGCCUGGUGGAAAGAGUUCCAGUGCUGCUCCGCCACCACCACCAGCUGCUGGAAGGGGAAGAACACUUUCAGGAACUGGUCAUGGAAGAGGUCGAGUUUCCACUGGUUCUUCAAUUCCCCCAAAGAAAGCUUCACUGAAGCCUUUACAUUGGGUGAAAGUUACGCGAGCAAUGCAGGGGAGCUUAUGGGCUGAUUCUCAGAAGCAAGAAAAUCAGUCAGGGGCGCCAGAAAUUGAUAUAACAGAGCUUGAAAGUCUGUUCUCAGUGGCUUCUGCUUCGGAUGGUAAUAAGGGUGGAGGUCGGCGUGGUUCUAAAAUUAACAAACCAGAGAAAGUGCAACUGGUUGAUUUGCGCAGAGCCUACAACUGUGAAAUUAUGCUUACAAAAGUUAAGAUUCCGCUGCCAGAUAUGCUUAAGGCUAUUUUGGCUUUGGACUCAUCAGCCCUGGACAUUGAUCAAGUGGAGAAUCUUAUAAAAUUCUGUCCUACAAAAGAAGAGAUGGAAACAUUGAAGAACUACAAUGGGGACAAGGAAAUGCUUGGGAAGUGUGAACAGUUUUUCUUGGAGCUUAUGAAGGUCCCACGAGUUGAAUCCAAGUUAAGAGUCUUUUCAUUUACAAUUACAUUUUCCAGUCAGGUUAAUGACUUGAGAUCCAACCUGAAUACAAUCAACGAUGCUACAAAAGAGGUGAAAGAAUCUGCAAAAUUACGCCAGAUAAUGCAAACAAUUUUAACUUUGGGUAAUGCUUUGAAUCAGGGAACGGCUAGAGGAUCUGCUGUUGGAUUUAAAUUGGAUAGUCUUCUUAAAUUGUCUGAUACUCGUGCCAUAAACAACAAAAUGACCCUGAUGCAUUAUCUCUGCAAGCUUCUUGCUGAGAAAAUGCCAGAGUUAUUGGAUUUUGAUAAGGAUCUUGUUCAUUUGGAAGUUGCAUCCAAGAUCCAACUUAAGUCUUUGGCGGAAGAAAUGCAAGCAGUAAGCAAAGGUCUUGAAAAAGUUGAGCAGGAACUCACAGCAUCUGAGAAUGAUGGUGCAAUAUCCUUAGGCUUUCAGAAGGUCUUGAAGAAUUUCCUUCAUACUGCUGAGGCCGAAGUUAGGUCACUGAUUACACUUUACUCUGAAGUGGGAAGAAAUGCUGAUUCAUUAUCCCAGUAUUUUGGAGAGGAUCCAGCACGAUGCCCCUUUGAGCAAGUUACACAAAUUUUGGUAGUGUUCACAAAGAUGUUUAAGAAAGCACGUGACGAGAAUGAACAUCAGGCAGAGGCUGAAAAGAAGAAAAUGGUGAAGGAAGCAUUGAAGGAACAAGCAGCUAAUUCUUCAGCCAAGAAAGAGAGUGUUGAUGCUGAUAGACCAAAGUUCUUAAAAGAAAUCAAAGACAGGUUCCAUAAUUAAUUUGGUGCAAUUCAGCCACAAGGAAAUAGAUAAUGCUUUAAUGGAGUUGAGGACAGGAAAAUGCUGGAAAUCGUCUUAUCAUUGCUAUUGCGGCAGACAAACUUCCAUUCAUAUUUCGCGUCCUUUACAGGCUGUGAAAAAUGCUUGAUAGCGGGAAGAUUGAUUACUGCUGCUUGCACCUGACUUAGCAUCAGUUUAUAUGGUCUAUUUGUAGUGUUGUUGUAGUACAUAAGUUGGCAUAGUUUAGUCAGCUUAAAAGCAAAUUUACAUUUUCUUUUUGUUAGAUGGAUUUAGUUACAUGAUAUAUACGAAUGUAGCAAAUUGAGAGGGUCCUCUGUGAUCUGGAGGCUGCUCUGUGUUGUUCAUAUGAUGCUGUACAUGAGAAGUCAUAGAAAAGGAAGGUAUAGCUGAAUAGGAAACAGAAAACCAUCUUACCCUUUGAAUGCCU